CUGAGUGGUGAAUGGUACAUGCUGAGCUGCAAGUCUACGUGUAAAAUACACACAUUCUACUUCAUUUGUUUCGCUGAUUUUUGCACCACAGAGUUAUCAGAUACCUUGGCUAGUCCUCAACACAUUUAUUCGGCAAUCUAACUGUUUCCUGCAUUUUAAAAUAAUUUUCUCUUAGUAACAUGGCUGCGAAUACCCCUGUUUUUAAGUUGGCCGACCAUACUCUGUCCGUGUCGAUGAGCAUGUUUGCUACCAACAGGAAACGACUGUGCAAGAAGCUGCAGGAAAAUGGAGAGGUUCCAAAAGGAGCYUUUGUUGUGCUACAAGGAGGUGAACAGAAGCAAAGAUACUGUACAGAUACUGAUGUAGUGUUCAGACAGGAAUCAUUUUUUCAUUGGACGUUUGGUUGCUUGGAGGCUGACUGCCUUGGUGCAGUUGAAGUCGACACUGGCAAAUCUAUAUUGUUUGUUCCUGAACUACCUCAGGAAUAUGCCAUCUGGAUGGGAGAAAUCUACCCAAAAGAGCACUACCAGAAAAAAURUGAUGUAGAUGAAGUGUGCUAUACAAAUGAGAUUGCUGAAGUACUUGAGAGAAAAAAGCCUUCUCUUCUCCUAACUCUGAGAGGAUUAAACACUGAUUCUGGCAGCAUUUGUAGAGAGGCUGCCUUUGAUGGAAUAAGCAAGUUCAAGGUCAACAAUACCCUUCUUCAUYCUAUAAUAGUAGAAUGCCGUGUGUUCAAAACUCCACAAGAACUGGAAGUUUUACGUUACGUGUGCAGAGUCAGCAGCGAGGCACACAAGGAGUUGAUGAGGCGUAUCAGACCUGGGAUGACUCAGUUUCAGAUGGAAAGUUUGUUUCAGCAUUAUUGCUACUCUCAAGGUGGAUGUCGCCAUACUUCUUACACCUGUAUUGGAGCGACCGGCAAGUGUUGUGCCACUUUACAUUACGGCCAUGCUGGAGCACCUAACGACCAAAGAAUCGAAGACGGAGACAUGUGUCUGUUCGACAUGGGUGGAGAGUACUUCUGCUAUGCGUCUGAUAUCACGUGUUCGUAUCCAGCCAAUGGGAAAUUCACAGAGAAACAAAGACAAAUCUACGAGGCUGUGUACAAGUCAAACCGUGCUGUAAUGGCUGCUGUCAAACCAGGUGUAUCAUGGCCAGACAUGCAUCGGCUUGCCAAUCGCACUAAUCUAGAAGAACUCAAGCGCAUUGGGAUUGUGAGAGGAGACAUCGAUGAGAUGAUAAAACAUCACAUUGGAGCUCUGUUUAUGCCUCAUGGACUGGGUCACUUCAUGGGUAUUGAUGUCCAUGAUGUUGGAGGAUACCCUGAGGGUGUCAAGAGGAUUGACGAACCUGGUUUACGUAGCCUUAGGACUGGUAGGACUCUUGAGGAAAAUCAAGUCUUGACUAUUGAACCUGGGAUCUAUUUCAUUCGUGCGGUUCUUGAACCAGCUCUUUCUAAUCCAGAAAUUUCACACUUUUUCAACCGUGAGUUGGUGGAGCAGUACUGGAACUUUGGAGGGGUUCGUAUAGAAGAUGACAUCGCCGUAACAGCUGAUGGAAUGGAAUUGUUGUCCUGUGUACCUCGUACAGUGGAAGAGAUCGAGGCUCUAAUGGCCGAGGGUCGAGAUCUGACCCCUCAUUUCACUGAACCAGUAGCUUCACAGUAAAACUGACAACAGAACCUCCAAAUAAUACCAGCAAGAUCUUUUCUUUUUAUUGUCUUCUGAUUUCUAGGAGUUGAGCACAUUAGUAGUACAUGUAGGAGUGUGGUCAUUGAAGUAGAAUGAGUUUAAUAACAGAUAUUAGUUACACUCUUUUGCCUUCAAACAACUGUUUCAAGUUGAGGCAGUUGGGUCAAUACAAUGAUAUAUAUACUGGCCCAAAUGCAACAAUUGUUUGGAGGCAUUAGAGUGUAAUCUAGUAGCUGCAUGCUGAUUGGGGGGUUUGAUGGCUUGUUAUUGGCUAUCCUAGUCGUCACAAAUGCCAUGACUGCAAAAGCAAAACUCCUUUGGGCUUUCUUUGAUCUUCAUUUAAAAGCACAUCAAGCCUACAAGGAUAGUAAUAGACCUUUCCCGAAUUCGCUUGGAUGACCACGAAACAAUGGUUUGAAGUCGAGACUGAACUUGAUUCUUUUACUCAUCAAGUUCAACCUCGACUUGAAACCAUUGUUCCAAGCGARUUCGGGAAUGGUCUAUUGUCAGGGCUCGUGUGAUUACUAUUGUUUCAAACCUAAGGUUCUGUGCUACCUUGAUAAACCAAAGACCAAACCUAAUAUCAAUAUAUCAAAUAUCUAUCCCAACAUUUGAGUUUGUAGGGGGAGGAGGGAAUGAGAAUUUAUGAAAUAGUGUAUUUUUAGAGCUUGAUAUUAAUGUAGUCUCAUACGCAGUGCUCGGGUAGGCAGUCGCUACUUAGGUUAGUGGGCGUGACGACACURAUAAUAGCGGCUGCGUAGGGGACUAGAUAUAAUGACGCUGUAAAGGCAAAUAAAAUAAAAAAUUUACUUUGAAAUUU